UUUUUAUUUUUAUUUUUAAAGGGCCAGAAGUGAAUUGGAUGGAGUUUAAACCUAGUAUUUUAGCAACCAUGGACUAUCGAGAAACCAUCUGAUGAUUGAAAAUAUGGAGAAAACGAUUUUGGAGGUUUAUGAUUGGAAUCUGAAAAGCUCCUGUCUCGCUAUCUCAUAAACGCAACCAUCUGCACUGCUCAGCUCUCCUAUCCCUGCUGGCCUGGCUGUGUGUCUCUGCCUCGGCCCUAGCUAGAGACGUUACACAUACAUAGGACAUAGGAAAUACGCUCAACCCUUUCCAGUUAUGAUAAAAAACUUCGGCAUUUGGAUUCUGGAUAUAAUCGUUUCGUAAUGUUGAAUAUUGUUAAAGAUGCCAUGGGAACUCCGCCAAUGACCUGCCCCAGAAGGAAAACCUAGUGUGCUUGUCUACGUGAGCCAUCUAUGUUUCCCAGGAGCCCCUCUGAUUCAGUGUCUAUGGCUCUGAAUGACAGAGACCAUUAUUAUGGAAAUGUUGUUGGUGUUCAGUAGUAAAACCAUGAAGGAUCUCAAAGGUUAGGAUCGCCUCACAUCCCAGCCGUUAGGCUACUUCAGUCAUCGGACCCCAGCCAAUAGGCUACUUCAAGCAUCCAACUUUGAUGGUGAAGUUGUAGUGCUCUUUAUUGGAAGACAACAAUGCCAUGCACUCUGAAGUCUCUUGUUGAUGUGUGAUAGCCUCUGAGGGUGUUGUGUGCUAAGCCAACCAGAAGAAUGAACGGAGGAAAGGACUGUGAGGGAGGGGGUGUGGCAGUGGAGGGGGUGGGGGCGGAGCAUACCACCACUGUCCAGGUCCCUAUUGGCUGGCAGCGGAAGGUAGAUCCUAAAAAUGGAGUCUUCUACAUCAGUCCCAGCGGGUUGCUGCUCUCCUGCCUGGAUCAGGUGAAACGCUACCUGCUCACGGACGGGACAUGCAAGUGUGGCCUGGAGUGCCCUCUCAUUCUCCCAAAGGUGUUUAACUUUGAUCCGGGGGCCGCUGUCAAACAGAGGACUGCAGAGGAUGUGCGUGCAGAUGAAAACGUCACCAAGCUGUGUAUCCACAAGAGAAAGCUUCUGGCUGUGGCAACUCUACACAGGAGUUUGGAGCUUCCCCAUCCUGCGCUAACUCUCAGCAGCUCUGCUGGAGGUACAAGUUCAACUGCUGUGCUCUCGUCACAUUCCACAAACCAACGAGCAAUAAGGAAUAAAUCCCAGGAGUCUCUGCUGCCCGGCUCAGUGGCUCCAGACUGCAAGAUCCCUUUCAAGAUGAUGAUGAUGGUGGGUCCGCGGCGUUAUCCCCAGGACCAGGGAGGACCGGCCCAGGAGCUAUACCAUGGAUACGCCCAGAGACCUCACAGGCUGAGUGGGGAGCCCGGGCCCCGGUCUCCAUAUCGCUCUGGCUACGGCGUCAUGCUGAGUCCCAGCUCCCAGAUCUACGGACCUGGGGAUGGAUCACCCCUCUCACCCAGCCCCCGGACUGACCCCCUGGGGAGCCCAGAUGGGUUUAGGAGCAAUCCCUGUGGCUUCCCUGGAGCCAGCAGCUCUAGCCCGAUCCACGGUGGCAACCGGACCCCUCUCUCCCCACCCGGGAUGCUCCAUCACGGGCACGGCUCUCCCGCUGGUGCUCAGUUGCCCUGUGCUAUGGUAGGAAGGACUAGCACACCCCUUUCCCCUACUGCCACUGCCAAAAGCCCAGUCGUAAUGAUGAAGAAGCCCAUGUGUAACUUCCCUGGGCAGCCCGGUAUGGAUAUUCCAAUACGAGCACCGUUCAACCCCAAAACGCAGCCUGGCGCGCCUCACCCUGGCCCCCCUCCAGCCCUACCUCCCUCCUGUGCCAUCCAGAAAAAGCAGAUGACCUCAGAAAAGGACCCUUUAGGAAUCCUAGACCCCAUCCCCAGCAAGCCUAGCGUCAGUGUCGGCCAGAACUUCCAACCUAGUAUCCACUCCUCUCAGGUACCAAUGAUGAAUGUAACCGUUAACAACCACCCUCCUCCUGCCAUUGUUCCGUUGCCAAGCAACCUCCCCCUCCCAACUGUCAAAUCGGGCCUAGUGGGCCACGGCCACGUGCAGAGGACUCAGCAGACCUCCGUAGCCUCCUCCAUGCCUCCCUCUCCUGUCACCUCCCCGGUCCACAUGGCAGGCCCUGUCUUAAGCAGCAGGGUGGAGGCUUCCCCACAGCGCUCGCGCACCUCCUCCACCUCCUCAGACCACGGGAGUUUUGCCAUGCCCUCAGGGCCUAGUCAAGGUCUGUGCGGUGGGAUGAAAGCUCCUCCUCGCUCUCCCCUGUCCUCCAUGGGCUCCCCACGUCCCGCUAUGCCCUCCAACAUGCCAUCCAGCCCGUCUUCUGCCAAGCCGGACUCGCACACACUCCACCAGUACAAGGAUCUACCCAGUCAGCUGUUGGUGGGCAUCGGUAACCAGAACGCCAUCAGCACGCAGCACAACAGCCCCGGCGUGUACCCGUCUGCCACCUCCUCUGGCUCCUCCGUCAGCGCUCCCCCCCCAGCCCCGAACCAGAAGGCCCAGCACCCAGGGCUCCUGGGUAUGCCCCUGAACCAGAUACUGGACCAGCAGAAUGCUGCUUCCUUCCCUGCCAGCACCCUCCUGUCGGCAGCGGCCAAAGCACAGCUAGCGAAUCAAAACAAACAUGGCGGCGACAGCGGUGACCCCGCCGGUAGAGGCUGUGCGAUGGAUAGUAACGCCGGGGGAGGAGUUGGAGGCGGGCUUCCAGCAGGUCCCCUCGGUGGCGUCGGCGGCACCAGGGGCGCUGCGGACAGGCCCGGCAGCGGCACUUUAAACCCCAUGCUGCCGCCUAACUCAGCCAUGCUGAUGCCCACGGCGACGGAGGCCUCGGUGGGGGGGCAGAGCGGCCGGGCGGCCCUCCGAGACAAGCUCAUGGCCCAGCAGAGGGACCGCGGGGAGCCAGUCGUCCGCAAGCGCAAGCAGCCAACGGCCCCGGCCCCGCUCAACAGCAGCGUCCUCAUCCACCACGACGGCAUGGUGUUCAACAUGCUCAGCAAGCCCUCUAACGCGGGAGGCCCGGUUCCCAGGCUUCCACCGCCGAGCUCCGCGGAGCAGCUGAGGAAAGUGGCUCGGCUCGGUGGCCUCACGCCCAACACCUCUAUGGCCCAGCUUCUUCAGUCCAUGAGCAACCAGAACAGGCACGCCCUGCCCGCCGGCCCAGUCGGUCCGGGUCACAUGCACUAUGGUGACGGGGGAGCGUCACAGCAAAACAUGCUCGCCCAGCAGAGGAUGCUGAGUCAGGUGGAGGGUCAGGGAAUGCGAUGCCAGGGUAUGGAUGCUGGAGGUCACGGAGCCCCUCGUCCGCACGCACCUCAGUUCCCGGGUUUGAUGAACCACAUCCAGGCAAAUUCAUUGGGGGCCUGUGGCCCGCUGGGGCCCGGUGGACAAGUGGGUCCCGGCCUGGGGAAUAUGCCUCUGAGCCACCACCCCGGGGCGCUCCCCCCACCUCUGUCCCACCCGCCUCACCCCAGUCAACAUCACCAGCAGCACAACCACCUUCAUGCAACGCUGGGCAGGACUAACAUGUCAGCCAUGACACUCAGCAACAACGACGGGAGCUGUGGCCAAGCUGCCUCUGAGCCUGCAGGAGACUCAUCGACCGCAGUGAACUGCAGUAUGGGCAGCAUGGUUAGUCUCCAGCCCCACAUCAUCGACAACAGCAGCUCAGGCGCUGGUGGAGGUACCCAGGUGUUUCAGCAUCAUCAUGCCCAGCAGCAGCUCCACCAGGGCAUGCAGCAGGUCAUGCAAGGCCUCCCUGGGCCUGGGUACCAGGGUUCCUCACAGCAGCCGGGCUUCCCUGAGAACUCCUUCCCAGACAACUCCUCCAGCUCCAACCCUAUGGCCGGUCUGUUCCAGAACUUCCAGGGGUGUUUGCCAGACACCAAUAUUUCAGUACCCCGCUUGAAGAUGAGCUCUCAGUCUGGGAUGAUGUCUCUUCCUGAGUCCCAGGGAAUGCUCUCUCACUCCCAGUUUGGAGACAGCCAACGGGAGAUGCAGCAGACGCAAGGGGCUGGGCUAACCCCUGGGAUGCAUGUACCUGAUAGGCUACCUGGCGUAGAGGUGGAGUCCAUAGACGCCAUCUACAGAGCGGUGGUGGACGCUGCCAGUAAAGGCAUGCACGUGGUCAUCACCACCACAGUGAGUGGCACGACCCAGUCCAGCCCGGUGCCCGCUCUCAGCGCAAUGAGUGCCUUCACCAACUCCAUAGGGGAACCAGUCAGCGUCAACCACAACCUUCAGCACAGCCAGGCUGCAGUCACCCAUAGCGGCCACAGGGGGGCGCACCAGGAAGGGGAGCAGACCCUGAGCCAACAGUCCAGACCUAGGCAGGCCAGAGCUGGACGUCCCCGGAAAAACUCUGGGCAGGGUAAGGGAAAUGUUAGUAUCCCAGAGGUCCAGGGAGCCCUGGCCGAGGCCCCUCACCAAGACUACUACCGGUCCCCGGGCCAUGGUGUCCCCAGGGUCCAGUGGGAGGCGGAGGUGACAGGACAGCCCGCUGGUCCGGAUGGGGGCCACCCUGUGUGGGCUGGGGAGGAGUUCCUGGAGUGCUCCACGCAUGUGAGGUCCAGUCCAUGCAUGGAGAGGCCGGGGAGCCUAGCCCCCGCUCCCCCCUGUCCGACCGACGGUGCCCCGCGUGAAGGUCACCACCACCAUGCCCUGGCCGUCGCCACGGAACAGGCCUAUCUGGAGGAGGGCUUCAGCCGCUUCGGCAGCACCUGCAAUCGGACGUCCGCGAACGUCGUCAACUACAAGGACCGGCUGGAGCAAACUGUGGAGCGAUGCGCCCACAUGAAUGGCGGGAGCCUGCCCCAGGUCCAGUUCUCUCUCCGCGGAUAUGGGGACCCCCUCGGCCCUCCCAGACAGGGGGACCUGACCGGGGAUGACCAGUCUCCUAGCUCCUCCACCAGCCUGGAGGGUUCGUUGGCCAGAGAGUACGUGGGCCACUACAACGGUCACUUUAACGGCGGCUCCGCCCCCAGCCCCUCCGACACCAAGUCCCUGAGCAGCGAGGAGGACCUACGGCACCCGGACAGCCCCUCGUCGGAGAUGCUCCACUACAGACCCAGGACGUUCAACAUGGGGGACCUGGUCUGGGGCCAGGGCUUUAAAGGGUUCCCGUCAUGGCCUGGCAAGCUGGCGGGAGAGGAGGCGGUGCUGAACCGUCGCGGCGCGGGCGUGCAGCUCAGAGAGCAGGGCAAGGUGGAGCCAGAGACGUUGAAAACACUAACACAUGACCUGGAAGCCCUCGACAGAGCUACGAAGCGGAACAGGAACAGAGCUGGGAAACUGAAUAAUCAUUUAGAAGCUGCUAUACACGAGGCCAUGAGCGAGCUGGACAAGAUGUCAGGAACUGUUCAUCAGAUCCCUUCGAGGGACAGACAGGUGAAGCUGCCGAAGCCCAAGAGGAGAAAGAUCUCCAGAUAACAUUGAAUGUGUUUGGUCACCUAGAAACAGUCCAGUACCUACUCAGUACCCAGCCUUGGAACGGUUCAGACGGCCUCGCUGCAACCUUUGAACUUCAACCAGGUGCUACAAUAUGGACAGUAGUGGUACAUUAUCGUCCCAUGACCUCCCUAACUGACAUUUUUAAAGGUGCUGGAAAAGCCAAUCAAAAAUAUUAAGGUUUUGAAUUCAAACUGUAAAAAAAUGACAGUUGCAAUUUGUCUACUGCUCGCUGAUAACUAUUUUUUUUUUCUAGAGUAACAUAUUUAAAAGAAAAAAAUGUAAAAACAACAGAAAAAAAAAACUACAUUUAAAGAAAAUAGACAGUCCAAAUAUUUCUGAUACAUUUUCAAUUUGUAUAUAGGUAGUAUGGAAAAAUUUCAUGAUGAAUAUUAAGAAACUUAUGUAAAUAUUGUACAAUAAUGGUCAUUACAAGCGUACUUAAUAAUGCACAUUGUAUCUUUUAUUGUACAAAACAAGCAGAAGUGUACCAAUGUCUUGGUUGUUAUUCAAUACAUACACAGUCAUAAUUACUGUAUGCAUAGGAUAAAUGAAGAACAGUUACAGCCUAAAGCUUUUAUAUGGUGAUGUUAUAGACCUUCUGUUAAAUGUGUUCAACAACAUGGCCCAUAUUUACCAAGCAUGUUAGGCUAGCACUGCUAAUCUCGGAUCAGUUGAUCUUGGAUUGUUUUUUUUCUUUCAGAUCAUAACGAGUAAGAAUAAUUUGACAGGGGGAACCUGAUCCAAGAUUAGCACUGAAAGGCACAUUGGCUAUGUUUACACUGACAACCCAAUAUAUUUUUUUUCCCCACUAAUUAGUCUUUCGACCAAGCCCGUCUGGUCCAAAAAUAUCAGGUGUGAAAAUACCUGAUGUGGUUGGUCAAUAGACUAAUUAGACAAAUUAGAGGAGUAAAUCCCACCAUUAGGCUACCUGUGUAAUGCAGCCUUGGAGAAUUCAGGCCCAGGAGAAACAGGCAUGACUAUAUAACCCCAUUGAAAUAGCCCACUUCAACACCAAUGUGUUCAUUCAUCGAUCUGUCUAAAACAGGAUUAACUUUACCAGCUGAAAGGCUUUCUGUGCUUUUAAUAUACAUCUGAAUCAUAGGAAUAUAUGAUUAGAAUGUCAUUCUAGUUCUGAUCUCAACCAAACAAAAUCAUAGGCUAUGUUACGUUAUUUAAGUCCAAUGCCGUUUUCUUUUUACAAUUUCUUUUUUACUAAUGUUUUUUAAAUAGUGUUGUCAUUUAUGUCACACAGAUACUAUAGCUUUAGAUAGUCACCGACCUCAAAGCAAAAAGACAAUAUAUUAUUAUGACCUAUGCGUGGAUUGUAAAAAUAACACUAACUGCCUAAAGUUUAACGGUGGAAGAGUUACUCUUACAAUUAGGGGCCUUAUGUUUUGUUUGUUAUAAAUUAUUUAUGUACAGUAUUUCAUAUUUAUUUUAAGCUUUACAAUAUGCUAGAUGGCAAUAAUACUACCACGAGUUAAAAACUCACAGCCUUAUUAUGUGUUUUAAUGUAUGUUCCUUUUACACUAUUUCGUUUAUACAUGAACCCAUUUUCUCGUUUCAUUUUUAAAACCUCUACAUUUUGGUACACAGCACACAGACUGGUGUACUAUGCUGGUGUAUUUCAGUUAUUCUAGCUAUUUCUUGUGUUUUGCCUCGCCAUGUCCUGAAUUACUGUUGCAUAUCCCCAUAUCAUCUGCUUCACUAGGACCAUACUAUUUAUUAACAACUGCAUGUCUUGAAAAAAGGCUUCACCAUUGAUGUACACCUUCUUUUAAAUUUCUGAGUAAACUUGUAAGUUAGGAGUCACAAUAAGGGCAGUUAAUGAGUUAAUAGUUCAAGAAAUAGUCAUAAAUAUUGUUUACAGUCAAUGUGCAGUAUCAUAUCUUAGUUGGGGAAGGAAUAUGUCAUAAUUCGGCCCUUCAGGCUUGACUUUGCUUUGACAGGGUUUGUUACAUUGAAUUGAAUGUGAAUGAGUUAGUUGCUUCACUAUAUUUGCAUUGUUGAGAUUAUGAUGCCGACUGUGGCCCCAUGGGGGGAAAAAAAGUAUUCCAUUCACUACAGUUUUAUGUGCAAUACAAACAAGUUACAUCACAAAUCAGUAAAUUUACUUUAUAUUGUUAAAAAAUGUCAUUUUGUUGCAAAACAUGUCGAACGUUCAGCUGUAAUUCCCAACCGUAGCAAGAGGUAUUACACUUUAAAGAAUUUCCUUGCUUUUAAUUAAGCUUUUUCAAAAUGUAUGUCAGCAAAUUAUGGACACAAGCUCUUUUGGUAAAGUUAAUUCUGCCCUUGUGCAAUGACAUGGAGACCAAGUCGGUCUCUUUCAGUCCCGAUGAUGGAUCUUUCGCUUUUACUUUCCGUUAUCGCUGAUCAGUCAAUGCAUUCUGUUUUCAAACGGUCAGUGCCGUUCUUUUUUUUUUUUCUCUGUGUGUGUUUUUUCUUAAUGUGUGUGUUAUGUUCUUGUUAACCCUGCUUGCUCUUCGAAUCGUAUUUGUUUAUUAUCAACAUUUUGUUGUUGUCAGUGUUGGUUUUUCAACAUGUAACUAACUAUAUAUUUUCUCACUAAUAUACAGUGUACUUUACAAAGGUCGACUACUUUGGAAAGUAUCUUGUGCACUUGAUUUCAUUUGUUGCAUUGAUGUGGGUGCUAGGAAAAAAUAGUGUUUGAAGUCCAUAAUUUCUCAUUGUUUGGAAUUGUUUAUGAUUUCAUGUAUGCAGAAGUUUUUAUUUUGUAAAUAUUGUGAACAUUACAGUUAAUGCAGUGAUGUAACAUUUGAACAAUGUUGCACAGAUGUUUAAGAUAUUAAAAACUGGUCACUCAUACUUGAA